UUAUGUAUUUUUAUUGUUUUAUUUUAAAAAUAUAAUCUUAUGUUUCCUUUUUUAAAAGAUAUCAAAUACUCAAAUACUAUUGGUUGGUGAAUCUACAGGUACUAUAAUUUUUCUUUCUCGUUUACAUAUUGCUGUCCAUUAAGAGAACACAUAAGGAAACAAAACUGUUAUUUUGCUAAAAAUAACGGUAAGAGCGCCUCUAAUCACAACCUGAAUAAACUAAACUAUACCAAAUCAAGUGCCUGUCAGUUCCAAGGCCAAAGGCAUGGAAGUUAGAAUCUUUCAAGCUUUAUAUACAAAUCAACCAUAUCUCCAAGUUUCCAUCUGAGCGAGCUGCUUGAAGAAAAACAAACCCUGAAUCCUUCUCACUUGUUUUAAACUCUGGUUUCUAGGUAAUGGCGUGCCAUGGAUUUCUUGCGACACCGACCCCGAGAUCACAUGGAAGGACCAGAUGUUUGGCUGCAGCUGGCUCAAUAUUCACAUCCCUCAACACGUCUAUCUUCACAUUCCACAACCGCCUCCUGCGUUGCAUUUCCAGGUUUUUUCGUCCUUCCACCACAGCUACCGCAACUCCUUGCCGUCUAGUCACCAAGAAACAAGGCUACAAAAAGCUCGAGAAACACGAGCAUCAUCAGAGAAAACGUAACGACAUGAAAAGAACCAUCGUUCUUGAUCUUGAUGAAACAUUGGUGCACUCAUCGAUGGAACCACCAGCCCGAGUUAACGUCGAUUUCAUGGUGAGGAUAAAGAUGCAAGGAACGGUUAUACCGAUGUUUGUGGUGAAACGACCAGGAGUUACCGAGUUUCUUGAAAGGAUCGGUAAGAACUACCGAGUGGCGGUUUUCACAGCUGGGGUGCCGGAAUAUGCUUCACAGGUUUUGGAUAAACUUGACAAGAACCGCGUGAUCUCACAGAGGUUAUAUCGAGACUCAUGCACAGAAAUGAACGGGAGAUAUGCUAAAGAUUUAUCUCUGGUGGCGAGGACAGACUUCGGGAGUGUUUUGCUAGUUGAUGAUAACCCUUUCUCUUACUCGUUGCAGCCGGAUAAUGGAGUUCACAUUAAGCCUUUCGUGGAUGACAUGGAAGAUCAAGAACUGAUGAAGCUUGCAGAGUUUUUUGAUGGUUGUUAUCAGUACGAAGAUUUAAGGGAUGCAGCAUCAGGACUUCUAUCCAACAGACUGAUUUGAUGCACAUCUGG